AUGAGUGGAGAGUUUAAUGAUUUGAAAAGUAUUAUCAUGAAGGAGAAUGAAUGUGCUUUUUUUGUCCAUUGUUUUUCUCAUCAACUACAAUUAUCACUCUUGGUUGUGGCAAAGAAACAUGAUUUAAUAGGUACUUUUUUCACCGUAGUGUCUAAUGUGGUGAAUGUUGUUGGAGCCUUAUUUAAGCGUCAUGACAUUCUUUGGGAAAAACAAGCUCUCAAAGUCAUCGAAGUUUUAAAAGGUGGAGAACUUUUGAGUGGAAGAGGCCAAAAUCAAGAAAGUGGAAUUAAGCGUCCGUGCGAUACACGUUGGGGAUCACACUUUGGUAAGCUUUACUAUCAUAAUAUUCUUGGGAUCACAAAUGAGUUGUCACAAGUCUUACAAAAAGGUGAUCAAGAUAUUGUGAAUGCAAUGGAUUUAGUCAAAAUAUGCAAGAAACAGCUACAAAUGACGAGAGACAAUGGAUGGGAUUCUUUAGUAGAAGAAGUUUAUAAUUUUCGUAUGAAGUUCAAUAUUGAUGUUCUUGAUAUGAAUCAUAUGUAUUGUCCUCAAGGGAAAUCACAGUGCAAGGCUCCAAGGCUUACAAAUUUUCACUAUUUCCGUGUUGAUUUUUUCAAUACAGUGAUAGAUUUACAGCUACAAGAGCUAAAUAGUCAUUUUAAUGAAGCUAAUACCGAGUUGCUACUUUGUUUAGCGUGCUUAUCUCCAGCUAAUUCAUUUUCUUCUUUUGAUAAGGGAAAGUUAAUCCGUCUUGUUCAACUUUAUCCAUGUGAUUUUUCUACAAUGGAUAUAAAGGUACUAGAAUAUCAACUUCAAACCCAUGUUGAUGAUAUGCGUUCUCAUGUCAAGUUUUCAGGUUUGAAAGGGAUGGUUGAUCUUUCUAAGAAACUAGUUGAGACAAAAAAGGUAUAUCCAUUGGUUUAUUUGCUUAUUAAAUUGGCAUUAACGCUUCCAGUUGCAACAACUUUGGUAGAAAGAGCAUUCUCUACAAUGAACAUUGUGAAGAAUCAAAUACACAACAAAAUAGGAGAUCAAUGGUUGAAUGAUAGCCUUACUGUGUAUCUUGAGAAGGAUGUAUUCAAUGCUAUUGAUAAUUAG